AUGAAGGUUGCUGUUGUGGCUGCGUUGGCCAUUGGCCAGACCGGUGUGGCCGCGAGGAAGUUUUGGACCUCGAAGCCGGCUGAUCCGGGGAAUGUGUUGAUGACGGGAUAUACUAUUGGUAAUGGGAGACAAGGAGGUCUACCGUUGGGUAUUCCGGGCAAUGACUUGCUAUGCCUCAACGAUGAUAGCAUCUGGCGUGGUGGCCCGUUUGCAAAUUCUAGCUACACUGGAGGCAAUCCUUCGUCAUCGCUGGCUCACUUCCUGCCCGGGAUUCAAGAGGCCAUCUUCCAAAAUGGAACAGGAGAUGAAUCUGAACUGUACGGUGGAACAGCAGACUACGGCUCCUAUGAAGCCCUUGCGAAUCUCACAGUCUCCAUCGCGGGAGUGACCAACUACUCAAAGUACAAGAGAACGCUGGAUCUUGAAACAGCAUUGCACAGUGCCGAGUUUACUGCAAACGGAGCUACCUUUUCGACUGUGCAGUUCUGCUCCUUUCCUGACCAAGUCUGUGUCUACCACGUCAGCUCCAACAAACCAUUACCCCAGAUCACAUUUGGGCUAGUCGAUAAUUAUCGCACCAACCCGCCUUCCACUGUCAAGUGCUCGUCCAGCGGCAUCUGGCUAAGCGGACGAACCGUGGCCAACGAUGGCGAGGGCCUCAUCGGAAUGAAGAUUGAUGCCCAGGCCCGUGCUCUUCCUUCAGCAGGGUUGAAAGCCAUAUGCAACAGCCAAGGCCAGACAGUUCUCAGCACAAAGUCUGCAAAGUCUGCCACUAUUGUUGUGGCUUCGGGUACAGAGUACGACGCAACCAAGGGCAAUGCUGCUCACAACUACUCUUUUCGAGGGGUUGACCCGUACCCUGGCGUUGUAAAGACGAUCAACGCCGUGUCUAAGAAGAGUUACAACACAAUCCUCCAAAGCCAUGUCAAGGAUCACGGCGAGUGGUUCAACAAGUUCACUUUAGAUCUGCCGGAUCCUCAUAAUUCUGCAGACGUUGACACGAUGGAGUUGCUCACAAACUAUACGACAGAAAAGGGGGAUCCAUUCGUCGAAAAUCUGCUCAUUGAGUAUGGGCAAUACAUGUUCAUCGCUUCGUCGCGGCCUGGGUCGCUGCCCCCGAAUUUGCAAGGUUCAUGGGCUCCGGAUGGAAACCCGGCGUGGAGCUCGGAUUACCACAUCGAUGUCAAUGUGCAGAUGAACCACUGGCAUGUCGAGAAGAUGGGCUUGGGCGGCCUGACUGAUCCUCUGUGGGACUUUAUGACCUACACUUGGGUUCCUCGUGGGACGGAGACGGCAAGCCUAUGGUACAACGUGAGCGGCUGGGUUGCCUUUACCAAUACCAAUAUCUUUGGCCAUACAGCACAAGAAAACGAUGCUACUUGGUCGAAUGUUGCACAUGACAUUGCUUGGAUGAUGGCGCAUGUGUGGGAUCGCUACGACUACGGCCGUGACAAGAAAUGGUACGCCUCUGUGGGAUAUCCUCUCAUGAAGGGCGUGGCGAGCUUCUGGGUGGACAUGAUGGUACCAGACGAAUACUUCAAGGACGGAACUUUGGUUGCUAACCCUUGCAACUCGCCAGAGCAUGGUCCAACAACCUUUGGGUGUGCUCAGUUCCAACAGGUGGUUUGGGAACUGUUCGACCACAUCAUCAAAGAUUGGGAUGCAUCCGGUGAUACUGAUACUGCCUUUUUGAAGCGCGUCAAAGAAUCGUACAGUAAACUGGAUCCGGGUGUCCAUGUUGGAAGCUGGGGCCAGAUCCAAGAAUGGAAGAUGGAUAUCGAUGUCAAAAACGACACGCAUCGUCACUUGUCUCACCUAUACGGAUUCUAUCCAGGCUAUAUCAUCUCCAGUGUGUAUGCAGACAACAAGACUGUCAUGGACGCCGUCGCCACCAGCUUGUACUCUCGCGGAAACGGCACCGAGGACUCCAACACGGGCUGGGAAAAGGUCUGGCGAGGAGCGUGCUGGGGCCAACUCGGUGUCACGGACGAGGCAUACAAAGAACUCAAGUACACCAUUGACAUGAACUUUGCAGCAAACGGACUGUCGGUGUAUACGACGGGCAGCUGGCCAUACGAAGUGACUCUGCCCUUUCAGAUCGACGCCAACUUUGGUCUUUCAGCGAACGCACUGGCCAUGCUGUACACGGACCUGCCCAAGAAAUGGGGCGACAACAGCAUCCAAAAGGUGAUUCUUGGCCCGGCGAUUCCCAAGGAAUGGGCUGGUGGGAGUGUGAAAGGAGGGAGUUUGAGGGGAGGCGGAACGGUGGAUUUCAGCUGGGACGACGAGGGAGUUGUGAAUAAGGCGGUGGUGCAUGGGAGGAGGCUGCCGCUGGUUGUUGUGAAUAAGAAUGGCAAGGUGCUUGCAAGGCGGUGA